CUGCAGUCGGAUCGUCCAUGGCGUAUGGCCUGUACAGAACCCUAAACCCUAAGCCAUUUCAUCCCCAGUCUAUCUCCAGGUUUCCCUCCAGCGGUAGGGUUCUAGCUCGGCGCGUCGCGGCCCUAGAUUGUGGAUGUCGCAUGGUGUGCCGGCUGGGAAUUCGCUGCAGCGCCUGAGAAAAGCUUCAAAUGCCAUCGCGGUUUGCGCCGAGGAAUCGACUGGGCGUCCGUAAGAAGAACCAGGGGAAGUCCGAAAUGACUGUGAGCCCUUCCAGUAGCAAUGGAGAUUUCCUUAAGGCAGAUCUUGACGAGGAGGGCUGGAAACAAAGUCGCGUGCUGCGCUGUUCUUACCGCGUGCUUCAACUUAUUGGAAAUGCGACCCUUACCGAGAAGGUGAUCCGUGAGGCACUGGGAAACAAUCCAGACACGAGCAAAGCUCUCAGACUACUGCUCAAGAGGAAAAUGAUAAAGCGUGUUGGAUAUGGAGGUAGAAGCUGUCCGUUCCACUACCAGUCUCUCUCGAGGUCUCCCUCCAAAGAGACCGACGAAAAAGCAGAGCUUACUAGCUCUAGUUCCGCCGAGAACACAGACAUGCCAGACGAGGAGAGGCACGACAACAAAACGAACACGAUGAGCAACGCGCUGGUAACGACGAGCACUGCGGUGGUAGCGGACGCGGUGGUAGCGAUCAAGAGGGACCCGAGCGAGACCACCACCAAUGGCACGGAGGAGCCCGCCGACGAGGUACUUGUCGCCACCACAAAGCUCAAAGUUUCAAAGGCUUCGAAGGAGCCUAAGAAGGCACAGGUAAAAGCCACCGCCGCGGUUGCCAAGGCCGUGGCAAAGGCCGGCCCUGGCGGAUUGACGGAGCAACAGUUGCUAGAGAUCCCAGUGCCGGGGUGGAGACUUGUAGACGAUUGAGCUUCCCGGGGUGGAGGAGGAGGAGGAGGAAGAAUGGAUGCUGCUCCGUGUAGAUAUCUCUGGACUGAGCUUUUCAUCAAGGGGGCGACAGAGAGAGCUUCAUCGUUGGUUGGAUUGGAUCCUUUGUUCGUUCUUUGGAGAGAUUUCUCGUUUUUAGUGCUGCUUGGUCCUGACAACAGGAGGAAGAAGGAAAAAAAAAGUUUCUAGGGGCAGGGAUGGACUUUAAUGGCGGAAGAACAACAAAAAAAAAUUCUCUCUUGCGACGAGUUUUGGUGUACAAUUUGGAACCUCUCCUCCCGCUGCCCCGGUUGUAACGUUCCCAGGCGACGAAGCACAGCCCAGUGAGAAGAAUAAGUUAUUUGUUAAUUUCAGUUUAACCAGUUUGUUUAACUUUGUACUAACUUAAUACUUCUAAAUCA